AUGGCUCCAGGAACGAGACGCGCCAAUCGCGGAGGCUAUGCCGAGCAUGAUGAUUUCGAAGGCCUCCCCGUCCGGCAAUGGCGACAGGAGUGGGUGAGCAUCGCGCCGCCUCCUCAGCAGGAGCUCCAGCAGCAAAACGACGUCUGGUCGCUGGAACUUAUCCACGGCAUGCCCAAAGACUCCAACUUGCUGCCGCCACACAGCCAGGAGCUGCUGCGAGCGGCUCGCUCAGGCCGCCUCUACAAGCGCCCCGCGCCCGUCGAGAACGAGGACGACGACGCCGAUGCCGAUCCCGACGCUGCGCCCGCCGAGAAGGCCGAGAAGAAGGAGGAGGAAUCGCAGUCUCAGGGCUUCUCCAUCAAGCUCUGGAAGCAGACGCCGCGCAAUGUCGAGGCGCCGGCCGUGUCGCACCUCGCCAAGCGCAGGAAGGGCACAGUGACCAUUGCCAGCAAGACGGUCGAGGACAAGUACACUGGUCCCACUGUUACUCGCGCCACUGUCAGGCGCCUCGAUGCCGCAGGCAACCCGUACACUGAAGAGGUCACGCUCGCCGAGGGACAUCACGUCGAUGGCGAGAUCAUCUCUACGCGUGAGGUAGCCGCUGCCACCGGCGGUGACGCGCUGGCUCCAGCCCCACCACCGCAGAGGAGGAGGCCGCCACCUCCCAAGAGAAAGGCCAAGGCCGGGCCCGGUAGGGGGAAAAAGAAGAUCAAGACCCCUCUACCUGGCGAGGGGCCGACCAGCGCGCCGGCCCCUCUGGUCGAUGGUGCCGUGGCAGCUAUCAAGACCGAGAGCCAAGGAGAAAACGGAGCCACCUCGACCGAUGCGAACACACCCAAAGAGGACAGCGAGAUGGCUGACGGCGACGAGGAGGACGAUGACGACGACGGUGACGAGGGUGACGAGGGCGAGGAGGGCGAAGAGGGCGACGGCCAGGACCAGGAUCAGCGACCUGCUCCUGACCGCGACCAGGAUCACGAAAUGCCCGACGCCGCCAUCUCUAUUGAUCCACCAUCUGAAGUUGUCUCGUCCGACAAAGAGCCUGUGCCGAAGGAACCCACACCACCAAAUCCGCUCACCCUCGCACCGCCAAUAGGCAGUCUUGCGGCUGGAUCACCUAGAACAGAGGGAAGCCCGCUCAAGAAUGUCACCCUGCUGUCCCCCACGGAGCCGUCUGAACCCCAGGACCUGCAACCGCUAUCUGUGGAACCCACGCAGGCAACCGAUGUCGAAACAGUAGUCGAGUCAACCGUCGCUGAGCCGCCCUCGACUAUUGUCGGUGAGGAGCCUCGAGAAGCGACAGAGCGAGAUAUCCCCGCGGCCGAACCCACGUCCGCAGAGCCGCUGGCUGUCGUCAGCCCGCCGAAAGAACGAUCGCCGAGCCAGCAGGCCAUCAAGGACGAGACCCCCAAGGACGAGGCCCUGCUGCCGCCACCCCCCGAGCAAGUCGGCAACAUCGACUCCCCCAAGCCAGAUGAGGGGAGGUCGGAUGAAGACAAGAGCCGGGAGGGCGAAGGUUAUAGUGGGCCACACCGCCCGCCGCUGAGCCAGUUCGACUCUGCCAUGACCGAAGACACCAUCAAACCGGACGACUCCGCGUCCGUGCGUUACCCCUUGACCGAGUCCGGUGCUCCGUCCGAGGUUGGCACGGCCUCGGUGGAGGGCAGCAAGGAGGCGGGGCCUCCCGCUACGGAGCCUUCGCCGCCGCCGCCGAAGCCGGUCUCGCCGCAGGAAGAGCAGCAGCAGGACCAGGACCAGCCGCAGUCAUCGACGGACGAUAAGACGGACCUGAUCGGUGGACUGAUGGGCGAGCUGGAUCGACAGGCUGCCGAGGGUGAGAAGCCCGUCGAACCUGCCGCAGAGCAAGUGUCACCGCCCAAGGAGCCCAGCCCUCGGGAGCCCACUCCUCAGCCUGAAGCAGUCCCGGAGCCGGCGCCUGAACCCCCGGUAGCGGAGCCGGAGGUGGCCCCAGAACCGCCCAAGGAGCCUUCGCCGCUGGACAACACCAUCAAGGAGGAAUCCACUCCGGUUCCGGACAAACCACAAACGGGGGAGGGCAGUGCUAGUGCGGAAGCAAAGGACGAAGCUAUGCCAGACGCACCGGCCGCCGAGGCAGUUCCUCCCGCGGAGCCAACGCCACCAGCCCCGGCCGUGGUCGACGAGCCACCAGCUGAGGCCAAGGAUGAGCCGCCUGCCGAGGUCAAGGAUGAGCCACCUGCCGAGGUCAAAGACGAGCAGGAGAAGGAGCAGUGA